AUGACAGUGACAAACUUGCACUGUUGCAAAUUGCAAUCACAAGAACUGGCGCUAACAAACUAUGGAUUUAUCAAUUCCAGUUUGUAUAAUAGUCUAAAAAGGAGUGUCAAGGGAACGGAAUUAUAUGGAGAAAUAUCCAACGUAGUUUUAAUAUUAAAAGGUGAUGGAAAUAUUGGGAAAGAAGAAAUAGCAUUAAACACGUGUCAAAGGGAAUUUUCAAGGAUUCAGCUGAAGGAAGUGGUACAAGUAAAUAUACUUGAUAGAGAAAACAAAAGAGACCUGAUACAUUUUAUCCCAAUUGAUAGCAUAGAUAUAGAAGUUACUUUGUUUGUAAAGCCAGAUCGAUUAAUCGAAAUGGAGGAUGAAAUUUUGGAGGAAUUCUUUAAAAAAAGUUUUAUUAAUCACAUUCUAACGAAAGGACAAAUAUUGGCAUUAAAAUGUGGUGAUAUUUUGUUAAAAUGUGUUGUAAAGGAUUUGAAAACUGCACAGUUUGAUGAAAUAAAGAAAUUAAAUAAGAGUCUUCCUAGUAGCAUGGGUUCAUAUUUUAAAAGGAGUAAUGAUAACGAAAUGAGUAACAGUGGACAUGGUCAUGGAAUUUACGAUAGGGGGAUUUUGUUUGAAAAUACCGAAUGCGUAUUUAUAAGCAUGAGUGAUGGUAAAUUAUUUAUAGAAUCUAAAAAAGUUUUAAAAAAAAACAUAAUAAAAAGUAAUUUCAACUUUGAAGAAUUAGGAAUAGGUGCACUAGAUGAAGAAUUUAAAACAAUAUUUAGACGGACCUUUGCAAGUAGAAUAUAUCCGAAUUAUAUAAUAAAACAGUUAGGUAUAAAACAUGUGAAAGGACUUAUAUUAUAUGGGCCCCCUGGUACUGGUAAAACAUUAAUAGCUAGACAGAUAGGAAAAACAUUGAAUGCACGAGAACCUAAAAUUAUUAAUGGCCCAGAAAUAUUAAAUAAGUAUGUGGGACAAUCAGAAGAAAACAUCCGAAACUUAUUUAAAGAUGCGGAACUAGAAUAUAAACAAAGUGGUGAAAAUUCACUUUUACACAUUAUCAUUUUGGAUGAAAUAGAUGCAAUCUGUCGACAGAGAGGUAGCGCCGCUUCAAGUGGUACAGGAGUAAAUGACAGUAUUGUGAAUCAGUUGCUAUCAAAAAUUGAUGGUGUUAAUAGUUUGAAUAAUAUCCUACUAAUUGGAAUGACAAACAGAAUUGAUUUAAUUGAUGAUGCUUUGUUGAGACCUGGUAGAUUCGAAUUACACAUAGAAAUAUCCCUUCCGAAUAAGGAAGGAAGAAUUCAAAUUUUAAAUAUUCAUACAAAAAGUAUGAAAAAAAGCAAUAAACUAAGUCCAGAUGUUAAUAUUGUAGAACUGGCUGAAAAAACACCUAAUUUUUCUGGUGCAGAAAUAGAAGGAUUAGUAAGAAAUACAGUGUCGUACGCUUUUGAAAGGCAUAUAAAUUUUAAUGAUCUAACUAAACCAAUCAAUGCAGAUGAUAUAAUGAUAACAAAAAAUGAUUUUUUCAAAGCCCUGAAAGAGACCAAACCAGCAUUCGGGGCUGAAGAGGAUGUUAUUGAUGGCCUUCUAUCGAAUGGAAUUAUCAAUUAUGGAAAAGAAUAUGAAAAUAUUGAAAAUACUUGUAAAUUGCUAAUUAAACAGAUUGUAGAAAAUUCAAAUACAAAUUUAUUGAGUGUUUUGUUAUAUGGAGAAAAUGGUACAGGUAAAACCACCAUUGCUGCUUACCUAGCCAAAAGUGCUAAUUUCCAUUUUACAAAAUUUAUUACCCCUGAGAAUUUAAUUGGGUAUUCUGAAAUUAGUAGAAUAAAUUAUAUAAAUAAAAUAUUCGAAGACGCAUAUAAAACUCCACUUUCUUUAGUUAUUAUGGACAACAUUGAACGGUUAAUUGAUUAUACGCGCAUUGGACCACGGUUUAGUAACUCCAUUUUACAAGCAAUAAUGGUUUUAAUAAAAAAAAAACCCAAGAAAGAAAAUCAGAAAAUUUUAAUUAUAUGCACGACAUCGGAAUAUCAAUUUAUGAGAGAUGUCGGAUUGAUUAAAAAUUUUUUUGUAAAUAUAGAAGUUCCGUUGUUAAAUUCCUCUACAUCUAUUAGAAAUGUUUUGCAAAAUAGGAACGAAAAUUAUCACGAUUUUCCUGAUAGCGAAAUAGAACAAGUUCUAUCAUCCAAUGUUAUUAAAAGCAUAGCAAUUAAAAACCUGCUCAUGGUUAUUGACAUGGCAUCCGAAGCAUCGAACGAUAGAAAUAUCACAAGCGACAUUUUCUUAAAAACGUUUAAUGAUUGUGGCAUUUAUUUUGACGAAGAAUUCGACUAUUGA